AUGUUAUUAUCGACCGUCCGCCAGCGGGCGCGUCUGAACUCUACGUACAUUCUACGGGCGGCUGUUACUCUUCUUCUUUUGGUUGGGGUGGCGAAUGUUUUUUGGAUCAAGAAUUCUUCCGGUCCCAGACCACAAGAAGUUCAUAAGGCGAUCGACACAGAAAACACAAAACACGAAAACGCCACGAUUCUGAGUCUGUGCCGGAACGAGGAUCUGAACGGGAUCAUCACGUCGAUCCAAAAUCUGGAGGACCGUUUCAACCGCAAUCACAAGUAUGACUGGGUGUUCCUCAACAAUGUCCCUUUUUCGGAGGAAUUCAAGACAAAGGUUUCCAGCAUGGUGUCUGGCGAGGCCAAAUUUGGUCUGAUUCCUGAGGAGCACUGGUCCUACCCUUCGUUUAUAGAUCAGGAAAAGGCCAAGCAGGAGCGCGAGCGGCUGGCCAGCAUGGGAAUUAUUUACGCCGAUUCCGAGAGUUAUAGACAUAUGUGCCGGUUCAACUCGGGCUUUUUCUACAAACACCCGCUAUUGCAGCAGUACAAAUACUACUGGCGUGUGGAGCCAGAUGUGGAUUUCUACUGCGACAUCGACUACGACCCGUUCAGGCUGAUGCGCGAACAGCAGAAAAUAUACGGCUUCACCAUCUCGAUCUACGAGUUCGGAGCCACGAUAGCCUCGCUGUGGGACACGGUGAGGGCUUUUCUGAGCAUAAAUCCGGAGGCACAGCACUCCAACUCGCUCGUGGACUUCAUCUCGGACGAUAAUGGCGUCUCGUACAACUUGUGUCACUUCUGGUCGAAUUUCGAGAUCGCAGACAUGGAUUUCUGGCGAUCGAAGUUGUAUGAGGAUUUUUUCAACUAUCUGGACGCUUCGGGAGGCUUUUUCUACGAGCGGUGGGGAGACGCGCCUGUGCACUCGAUCGCCGUGUCGCUGUUUCUGGACCGCGACAAGAUCCACUUCUUCGACGACAUAGGGUACAACCACGGAGUGUACUCGAUGUGUCCGCUGGACGACAACGUUUGGAUCAACAACAGAUGCAGCUGCAACAAGGAUUCGGACUUCACGUUCCGCGGCUAUUCGUGCGGCCAGCGGUACUACAAGGUCACCAAUCGCGCGCUGCCUCCGAACUGGAAAGAGUAUGCGGAUCUAUAG